AUGGGCGGCGCCCCGCCAUCAGCGGCAGAGCUUCCGGAGGAUUCACUUCCUAUGACGACAGCCAAGUCGUCAGCGCCCGUGCCGUUUCAGAAGGCACCCAUGGCGCAGGUGUCGGCUCCUCCCGCGAAGAGAGGGGAAAAGAGGCCGAACUUCAGCGCAGCUGUCGCUGCGGAUGCAUCGCCCGCACCACUGGACAACUCUCUUAUGCCGGUCACCAUUGAGGAGCUGGUUUCGGCUAUCGAGGCGUCCACGCCCAAUGCGAAGCAGCGGCACGCAGUCCAACUUGGGGAGGCAGUCGGCCAGACGCUUCCGAUCGAGCAUAUCAACAUGUUCCUGCGGGCACUGAAAGUCAAGAUCGUGGAGCGAGCUCAAACCGACGGUGUCCAGGUGCAGACCCCUCGCGCAGUCGCGUCGCCAGGUGGCGCUGAUCCUGCACUCAGCAAAGCUGCCACCGUCAAAUCACCGGGCUUGCCGAACUCUGCACCGAAAUCUGGUGCUGCCACGCCCAAAGCCACGCCAAGCGGCCAACCGCCGGCAGGGAAGGUGGUCAUGGCCAAGGCAACGCUGUCAAAGUCUGCAGGCAUCAUAGCCAAGGUGGGACUUGGCUCGCCGGCAGGAACUCCACCCACAGUGCCGCCUAAGGCUGUUGUGGCGAAGGUACCGGCCAAGGUACCCGUGAAGGCAGCGCCGGCGAAAGCGAAAGCCGCACCUGCAGAGGAGCCGGCUCCGGAGAGUGUCUCCAAGGCGUCACCGCCCGCGAGCCCACCGCAGGAGGAUGCCCUGUAUCAGCUGGUGGGUGAGCUCACAGAUGAUCCCGUCGUGCAAGAUGGGCUCAUCCUGGAGGAUCGAAUCAAUGAGGUCUUCCGCCGACUCUGGGAGAGCGUUGCGCGGAGGCCCAAGGAUUGGGUCGCAGCCUGGCAAGCGAUGGGUAUUCCGGCAGACAGACAAGGGGAGGCCCUCCAAAAAUUCUUGAACAUUGCCUUUGUGCAGACGGAGGAUCCCGACAAGGCUCCUCUGAUCCUUGCGGAGCUCGUGAAAUGCCACAAGAUCAAGAUGCGAGCUAUUGAAGAUGUCUUCCUCGCCUUCGGGCAGAAUCUCGAUGGCAUCCUAGCUAUCAAUGAAGAUGCUUGGCAAGUCUAUGCCAAGUUUCUGGCGUUCGUCUUUCCGAAGCCGGCCAUCGAGGGAUGGGGCUGGUCCCGCGUGGGCUGGGACUGGAAGGGUUGGUGGCAGUUUGCGGAGCGAUGUAUUCAGUCCUUAGAGAGCUCCCGAGCCUUCGAUGUGUUGGGCCUCGUCUUGCGGAUGCUAGAAGACAAGGAAGGGCAGCCUCUCUUCAACAUCCAGAUUUGGUCGGAUGGCGACCGCUUCGCCAAGUUUCUGGGUAAGUUGUGCGACCUCGGUGGCUGUGAACUGCCGGAGGUCGUCGAGAGGCUGAGCCUUCUGGGCGUGACUGCAGCGGAAGAGUGA